UCCCCGACAGAAACUCUUUCAUUUUUAUGCUGCUUCUGUUUUCCUCACAGAAUUUAACACUUUUAGAUACUCUUAGUUUUUUUUAUGUUGUCCAUAAUUUUAAGAUAAACGUUUCAGCUGAUUUUGAAGCAGGAAGUUGUAAAAAAGGUGAAGAAGUUGAUUUGUUAUGACAUUUCUUCUCUUUGCCCUUUUUGAACCUGUGCCACUAGUUGGCUUUCGACAAGACAAACAGCCGGUUUUCACUCUCUGAACAUCAUAAGGUUUGAUUUUAGCGUUUUUGGACAGAAGCCGCAGCAGAUUCUCCUGCAGCUAACAUGAAAAUCGCAGCGUUUAAUAUUCAGAAGUUUGGACGGAGCAAAGUGUCGGACCCAGAUGUUCUGAAGAUCCUGGUUAAGAUUAUUUCCCGUUAUGACAUCAUUGUGAUCCUGGAAGUCGUGGACGAUACCGAGGAAUCAGUGACCGCUCUGAUGGCAGCGCUCAACAAACCCAGACGGAAACGUCACUACACUCUGAGAAUCAGCUCUCGUCUGGGCAGAACGCGCUACAAGGAGCAGUUCCUGUUCCUGUACAGGGACGACAUGGUUGAACUGGUGGGAAUGUACCAGUCUGAUGAUGAGAAGACUAAAGGACAGGACAACACUGACAGAGAUCCAUAUAUCCUUCGAUUCAGAUGCAAAAAUACAGUUCUGAAAGAUCUGGUUUUGAUCCCAGUUCACACCAAACCAGAAGACGCGGUGAAGGAACUGGACGAACUCUAUGACCUCUUUGUUCACAUCAAGAAAAAGUGGAAGACUAACAACGUGAUGAUCCUGGGCGACUUUAACGCCAACAGACCGUACGUCUCAAAGACGAAGAUGAAGACCAUCCGAAUCCGCAGCGACACAAACUUCCACUGGCUGAUCGGAGACGAUGUGGACACAACAGUGAGCCCCAAAAACACCAACUCAUACGACAGAAUUGUUGUUUAUGGAGACGAAAUGCUUCAGGCUGUUGUUCCAAAAUCUGCUAAAGCCUUCAACUUCCAGAAAGCUUACAAGCUCUCCGAUGAGCAGGCUGUAAAAGUGAGCGACCAUUACCCAGUGGAGGUGAAGCUGAAGACUUUGGUGGAACAACAAGAUGAUGGUGAUGGUCUGACAGACGAGAUGGGAGGACUCAAUCUUAACAAUGAAAACAGAAAGGGAGAAAGCGAGCCUGGCUCCUGGUUUUGCUCUUUGUUCUAAAAAUCCCAGAUCUGAAAACAAUCAACCAUAAACUGAUUUGGUUACUUCCAGUAAUAAGAAAAGGGGGAAAGUGAGAGUAGCAACACUAAAGUCAACACACCUGCUCUCCCUUGUUUUUCCACAACAAAUCAAGCCAAAACAAAAUAUUUGGUUCAGUACAAAUUCAACAUAUUGAGUGUAUAUGAAGCCCUGUGGUGGUGGGGAAGUGGCUAAGUUCACACAAUAGGUCUUUUUACGUAAUUCCAAUUUUUACUGAUAUCCAACUAGCUUGUCAUUUAUGCUACCAAUUAAAUCCAACAGCAAUCAGAGUUCUGCGAGAAUCCUUCAUGACACGCAUGCGCAGAAGAGGAACCCAGACGUUACACAGCAAAGCUCUGUUUACGGAGCCGCGGUCAAUGAAUCGAAGUUGUUCAGCGAUGGGAGCAGACAGUAUCGUCACAAGAUUACAACAAGACGAAGCUGAUGAAAAAUAAUACACAACUAACAGUCUGGCUUCUGGUGCAGAAUUAUGAGCACGUCUCAAAACAGUUAAAUGAAUUUAGACAUCAUUGUCCAGGCCGCAGAUACUUUGGAAACUUUCUAACCGAUUUCACGCCACAUAUGCAAGUGGCAACAUUUGAUUUUGUUUGGAGGUUGAUUGGAUGGGGUCGCUUUCACCUGGUGUGUCGACAUAACCGUCUGCUAAGUUGUAAAUUUACUCUAUUGUACAAGCUGUACACUGACUACUAUACAUUUUAUCAAAGUAAUAUAUCUUCUUAUUAAAAUUAUAAUAUUUUUUACAAAUUUGUAGUGUGUUCUCAGUUUUGCAAUACACAUUUGUUUAUCAUAACAGCAGAAAACUGGUUACGUUAUGUAAUUAUUAGCUCCGUGUUUGACUAGCUAGCCAAGCUGCUAUGCUACAUUCUGCCAGCCAACAGCUAAUUUAAUCAUAGUUUUACUGUACCUCUGUU